UUCCACCCCUGCUGCUUGUCCUUAUGUGUUAUGCUUCCACGAGCAUAUGUAGAUAACAACAUGAUGGGCUGUGGAGAGAGUUGGACAAAGAUCACGCUGCUGAUUGCCAUUUUGGCAAUCUUAAAGGCGCAGGCUGCUCCGAAACUGACAGGUGAUAAUGCAGACGAUGGUGAACUAAGGGAUGACAUACCGGAGAUUAAUAAAGGCUUAAAACAUCUUUUUGAGGGAGACAUUGCUGGUGAUCCCAGGAGAAAUGCAAUCGUUGAUCAAACAAGGAGAUGGAAGUUUCCUAUUCCAUACAUCCUGACGGAUUCAUUAGAGUUGAAUGCGAAAGGGGUAAUACUCCAGGCUUUUGAGGAAUACCGUUUAAGAUCCUGUGUGGACUUCAAGCCCUAUGAGGGCGAGGCAAGCUACAUCUCCUUCACAAAACUCUCCGGAUGCUGGUCAUACGUCGGAGAUGACAAAGUGGGCCAAAAUGUGUCCAUCGGGGCCCGGUGUGACACUAAGGCCAUCGUGCAGCACGAGCUCUUGCACGCUCUCGGCUUUUACCAUGAACAGUCGCGCUCCGACAGAGACGACUACGUCGAGAUCUGGUGGGACCAGAUUGAAGAAGGGAUGGAGCACAAUUUCGUCAAGUAUGAGGACGACUUCAUCACUGAUCUGAACACUGCGUAUGAUUAUGAGUCCAUCAUGCACUACAGGCCCUUGUCCUUCAACAAGAAUGAGAGCAUCCCGACAAUCACCACCUCCAUUCCGUUUUUUAAUGAAGUCAUCGGCCAGCGACUGGACUUCAGUGCCGUGGAUAUCACAAGGCUCAACCGCAUGUACAGCUGUGCAAACACGCACACUCUUCUGGACCAAUGUUCCUUUGAACUGAACAACAUCUGUGGAAUGAUCCAGAAUGAGGACGACGGUGCCGACUGGGUCCAGAUGUUGAGUACUCCCGCUGAUACAGAUCACACCCUUGCGGGGCGCUGCAGAGAUUCUGGCUACUUCAUGAAGUUUGACGCAUCUUCUGGAAAUGCUGCAAACAGCGCCUUGCUAGAGUCGCGUAUCCUCUACCCGAAAAGAGACGAGCAGUGUUUGCAGUUCUUCUACAAGAUGACCGGAGCAGCUGGAGAUAAACUCGUGAUUUGGGUUCGGACUGACGAUGGAACAGGGACUGUUCGCAGUGUCAGGAAGAUCCACACCAUCACUGGGGACGGAGAUGAUGCCUGGAAAAUAAGCCACGUAACACUUAGGAUGUCAAGAAGAUUCCGCUACAUCUUCCAAGGCAUCCGAGGAGCAGCCAGCUCUUCGGGGGCCAUCUUGCUUGAUGACAUCACCCUCAGUGAGACUGUUUGCCCCAGUGCUGUCUGGCAAAUCCACAACUUCCCACAGCUUCUUGCCAGCACCCCACCAGGCCGUGUCGUGAACAGCCAAUGCUUUUACAACUCUGAAGGUUACUCGUUCGGGAUAAGUCUUUACCCAAAUGGAUACGACAGCGCCUACCCAGACUAUGUGGGUCUGUUCCUACACCUGUGCAGUGGUGAAAAUGAUGCAGUGAUGCAGUGGCCGGCCCAAAACCGACAGGUGACGAUUGUCGUCAUGGACCAAGAUCCCGAUGUUAAAAUGAGGAUGUCUUCUGCAAGAAGUUUCACCACUGUUGAGGACCCCCUCUGGAACAAACCAACAGCUACUUCGGGCGCAGUGUGGGAUGCCAACUGUAGCUGCUACCGGAAUGAUGGACGAGGCUGGAGAACAUUCGUUUCUCACAAGCAGCUGUACAAGAGGAGCUUCCUGAAAAAUAACGACCUCAUCGUUUUUGCUGAAUUCAAUGAUUUGACGCAUUUGAUCAAGACGGAGGUCCCCGUCAAACCUGCCCUUCCAAGCAAGGAUGUCCUGGAUGAGAAGCCAGUAGAAAUAAGCGUGGAGGUUGGAAAACCCAGGGAAGCACGUGACGCAGACCCCUGCCAUCCCAACCCCUGUAUGAACGGAGGUGUGUGCGUGCAGAGAAAUGGAGCAGCCUCAUGCAGGUGUGCUUCACGUCCGGCCACCUUCUCUACUGGUAUGUGGUGUGAGAACUUGAACAAAGAUGGGUCUGGUGGUUCUGACACAGAUACGGUUUUAAGUGGUCUGGACCGGAUGAGGAUGCCCUCACGUUCACCUGCAUCAACGCCAAGCCUGUUUUUAUUCUUCAUUGUUUUGAUAGCAGCUGCCUUACUGACUUAGACCACCAUCCCUUUUAAUUAUAUGUACAAUUUUGGAGGAACUCAUAAGAAUGUGAUUUGGUUCCAUGAACGAUUACCAUUGUCAUAACUUUAACAAUUUACAAAAAUAUAUGCUGAUGGCACGAGCAGAAUCCUUCUACUGUACUAGCAUAAAUUAAGGGACCUUUUUAAAAAAUAUUCUGAAUGAAUACAAGGAUGCCCUUCAUCAUCAUAAUUGAAA